GUCACGGCGGGCGGGCCCCGCGCGGGAGGCGCCGGGUUGUCCUCCCAGUGGGCGGGAAUCGCUCCCAGUGGGCGGGAAUCGCUCCCAGCAGCGGAGCGAGCGGUGCCGAGAAAUGGAUAUGACAAGUGAAGAUGUCCCACUGCAUGAUGAGUUUCUGGUCUGCGGUGGAGGUGUAACCCACGUCCUGAAAUGUGGGCCCUGGUCUGACCUCUUCAACACCAAGGACAGCCCUAAGCUGCUCUUCCUCAUGAUUACAGGUAACCCAGGGAUUCCUAUAUUCUAUGCCGAGUUUGCGAAGGCUUUAUACCUUAGGCUGCAGAAGCACUACCCAGUGUGGGUCAUAAGCCAUGCUGGCCAUGUUUCAGCCCCCAGUGAUGUCAAAGUGGAUGAGGAAGGUCCUGAAGAUCCAAGUCCACGAAAGCUGGAUGAUGUCUUUGGACUUGCAGGCCAGGUGGAGCACAAGCUGGCCUUCCUGAGAAGGCGCGUGCCAGCAACGCUGAAGCUGGUGCUCAUGGGCCACUCGGUCGGCAGCUACAUCCUGCUGGAGAUGAUGAAGCAAGCCCCUCAGCUUCCGGUUCUCCGCGCCUUCUUGCUGUUUCCAACAAUAGAGAAAAUCGCUAAAACACCAAACGGCCAGGUGGCAACUCCUCUCCUCUGCUGGCUGCGAUAUGCCCUUUACGUGCCCAUCUACAUCAUACUUAACCUACUACCAACAAAAGUCUUUACCGUCGUGGUCAGUCGGAUUCUUCAGAGGCUAAAAAUGAAAAAUGAAAUCAUUUCUCGACGUGUAAUGAAUUCACUUAACAUGAAUUGCAUUGCCAAUGCUCUGUAUAUGGGAAGCCAAGAAAUGCUGACCAUUUUGGAGAGAGACAACUCUACCAUCCAGAAACACUUAAAAAAGCUGACCUUUUACUAUGGAGCCUCAGACUUAUGGUGCCCAGUCCAAUUCUAUGAAGAUAUUAAGAAGGAUUUUCCCAGCGGCGACAUUAAGCUCUGUGAGAAGGGCAUCAGCCAUGCCUUCAUCCUAUCUUCCAGCCAGGAAAUGGCCACCAUGAUUGCAGACUGGCUAAAAGAUGACCUGGCCAAGAUAUAGCAGGGACUGCUCAGGGCGGGAGGCCAGGGAGCCGGUGUGUGUUGUCAGGAAGCUUGAUCGGGUAGUAGGGAGCUGAGGAAAUCUUCAUUUGGUGAUUCUAAUGGGAGGGAUGGGCUGCGGAAGAGCCUAAUCAAGGUUGGGCUAAUGAAUCUAAGUAGAAUCAUCCCCCACUUCGGAAUCUGAAACGAAAAUGAAAUGAGCAGGAAGAUUUGAUUUCUCUUGGUGAUGGGAAAGAAAUGUUCGAUGACAAAGCCCUGUGAGUAGAUACAGCACCAGCCGAGUGGGAUGGGAGGACUUCUUAAAAUUCAAAGUUAGAAAACAGAAACAUACAUGCUCAUUGUGUAGUUCUGUGAUGUUGGGCAGGUCGGGGCGGGGGGACGGGCUCUCGUUUUGCCUCCCCUGAGUGAUAGAGCCUUGAUGAAGGGCAGAGCGUCCCAGGUUGGCCUCAGAAAGACCUGUCUCCCCUCCUGCCUGAGCCACGGGGCCCCUCCAAGCCUUGAGCUAAGCUGUGACUCCGGCCCCCACACACACACCUGGGGCAUGAGAACUCCUUCCUUCCUGAUGUCUAUUUUCUGUCUGGUAAAUGCAGGGCCCCUAGGUCUCCAUGUAAUGAGGCCACCAUCAGGAUCGGGCCUGGGGUGCGUGGGCCCAGUCUCAGACUCAGUCUGUGGUUUGGGUCCCUAAACCCACCAAGGGACCACAGCGAUCAUGGCCGUCCUGGAGGAAUGAUUGCCCUCACCAAAUGACACAAGAUGGAAUUUCACGAUGUUGUAGGAUACAGUCUCCUUCUGGCUUUGACUUCAUGGUGCAGUUUUGGCAUGCUUGAUUAAAAACCCAGAAAUGCUCCUGGAUCACCCAGUAAUACAUCGAUCACAUGUUAAAA